GUUCCGGGAUCCUGUUCACUUGUACCUCUUCGACACGUAUAAACCAGGAUUCGGUUCCCUCCCUUCUUCCCUAUCUCAAUUGCUAAAAAAUUGGCGAACGGUCUCUUCGUACAACGGUCGAGAUAAUUGCGAGUUGAAACUAAUUUUUAUUUAUUUUUAUUUGUUUUUUUUUUCUUUUUGUUUUAUGCAAUUUCAAUUCGUAUAGACCGGGGGAAUUGAAUCGUUGCAGCCACACAGUGAUUAUUUUCUCCAAUUACCGAUCCUUGUGCAAAACCUGUGUGCAGAUAAUAUCGAUGUGCGCGACACGUUGAGAGAACUUUUAGAAAUUUUAUAUUCGUAACGUGUGUAUCUGCAUUUACUUGUUACUUUGUUUAUAAUAAAGGCUUGAUUUCACUACGCUGCACGGCGAGGUGACGAUUACGUUUCAACUUUCCGAACGUUGAGAAAUUAACCGGAGUUGAAAAUCCUGGAAUUAUCGGCGAGGACAUUGAUCUUUCAAGUUUAUAUUCAAGCUGGGUUUUAUCUUGCGAUAUUACGUCCGAAUCUGCUGCUGCUGCUGCUGCUGCUGCAAUCGACCUGAGAAAUUUUCAAUUGCGUUUAUACAGCUAAGAACGAAUGUGGUUCGAGCUACCGAUUAGAGUGACAGACGCAGAUCUGGACAGAGAAAGAAACGAUUUGAUGAAAAGGGGUGAUUGCCGGUGAUGGACAAUGAACAGCCCCACCAGGAACUGGUCAAAUGCGUCGUCGUCGGGGAUACGGCGGUUGGGAAAACCCGUUUGAUAUGCGCCCGAGCUUGCAACAAGCACGUGUCUCUGUCCCAACUUCUCACGACUCACGUACCAACUGUGUGGGCCAUCGAUCAGUACAGAAUCUACAAAGAUGUCCUCGAACGCUCUUGGGAAGUUGUCGACAAUGUCAACGUGUCCCUACGACUGUGGGAUACUUUUGGAGACCACGAAAAGGAUCGUCGGUUUGCCUACGGCAGAUCCGACGUGGUGCUGCUAUGUUUCUCCAUAACGAAUCCGGUGUCUCUGAGAAACUGCAAGGCGAUGUGGUAUCCCGAGAUAAGACGUUUUUGUCCCCAAACACCGGUACUAUUGGUAGGAUGUAAGAACGACCUGCGUUACAUGUAUCGUGACGAGACGUACUUGAGUUUCUUCAGGGAUCGAAGUCCGUUCGUCAGAGCCACCCGAAAAAGCGACCUCGUGAUGCCUGACCAGGCAAGAUCCGUGGCCAGAGAACUCGGUGUCUACUAUUACGAAACCAGCGUCUUCACCUACUACGGUGUGAACGAGGUGUUCGAAAACUCGAUCCGAGCCGCCCUGAUCGCCCGCAGACAACAGCGAUUCUGGAUGACUAACCUGAAGAGGGUACAACGGCCGCUUCUUCAGGCGCCGUUUUGCCCACCCAAACCGAUUCCCCCGGAAGUCACCCUGGCUCCGAGCACAUACGAGGAUAACUUCAAGGCUCUAUGGAUGAAGCCGGUUCACACCGACGUCAUCCUCGUGACCGGCGGUACUUCCUUUCCAGCACAUCGCUGUCUCCUCGCUGCAGCAUCGCCCGCUUUUCACUGGCUAUUCUCAAUCGAGCUUGUUCAGGAAUUGACACCACGGAGCUCGAGCGAAUCGAGCAUGGUGAGCACCUUCGGCGAGGCGACUGUGGGAGAUUUUAACGACGACACGGAAUGCCUGAUACGAGUCGAUCAGUCCAAACCAGCAAAAGUUUGGGAACAACUGAAAAGACGAUCAAGCUUCCAAGUCCUUCCGACGAUGGAUAAUCACCGGAAGCCAACCGGAGGUGCAAUGCGGGAAUUCAACCAUCCGGCUUUCCAAAACAUCCGGAUAUCCCUGAUUGAAAACUCUAACAACGUUCAGCAACAGACGAUAAUUGUUACGCUAACAAAAAUGAUAACUCCACCAGCGAUGCAACAGUGCUUGCAGUUCAUUUAUACCGGCAGUCUUGACAAGCGGUAUCACGAUUUGCAGACAGCUCCUAUCGGUCUCCUACUGGAAAUCAGACAGGCCGCUGAAUUCCUAAAGCUACCUCAACUUCUGAUGGUACUGAACAACAUACAAACGAGGGAGCAAUUUUACAACAGUAAUUUAAACAACCAGUACAAAAUCGUCGUCAGGCAACGACUGGAGGAUAUCUGCCUGCGAGAAGGUCUUUUCGCUGACGUAAUGUUCGAGUUGGACGACGGAAACAUGCCGGCUCAUCGUGCGAUUCUAACUGCUCGUUGCGACAUGAUGAAAGCCAUGUUUUCCGGUGAUUUUCGCGAGAGUAGUGCCAAAGUGAUUGUUUUCCCGGGAGUGAGAGAAUACACGUUUCACAAGCUUCUCUGUUAUUUCUACACGGACGAAGUACCGGCAAUAUCAUCGGCCAGAUGUCUAAAUCUUUUGGAACUAGCAAAUCGCCUCUGUCUACCUAGACUGGUGAAUUUGGUUGAGAAUCGAGUGAUCGAGGAUCUCGAUCGGCUAUCGCAAAACGACGGCAACGAAGCUGUAGAAAAUUGUCUGAGGUUACUCGAACCUUGCAAACUCCACAAUGCCGACCAGCUAGCUGACUGGUGCAUGAAUCAUCUCUGCGUCAACUACAACAAACUGUGUAAAAUGUCACCGAGAAGCGUGCGUCUCCUUCACCCUGAGAACCAGGAAUACUUGAACGAACAUCGUUGGCCGCCAGUAUGGUACUUGAAGGACUACGACUACUAUCAAAAGUGUCUGGCCGAGCACGACAAGGAGAACAAGCCGACGUUGAAACGUAACAGGAAUCAAUCGGGUUGCCUGUGUUUCAGCGGUUCUAAUAAAGCCAGACGCGAGACGGCGGCGAGCGAAACACCGGCGGAUCGUCCGCUAUUUGACGCUUCGACUGAAUCGGGCGAACCUGUAUGACAAGAGUCAAGCGGCACGAGCCGCUCGGUCAGAUUUAUUCUGAUUCUACCAGUGCUGAUGGUAUUCAUAUGCACUAUUUUUACCAUUUUGAUACUCCUACAGAUUCAUACUUAAGACGAUACUAAAGCAACACACACACGUUCUUUAUAUUAUUAUCACCACGAAGAUAACAAUAAUAUAAUUAUAGACUGUCGAAGGUGAUCGCGGCGUUAUUUUCCAAUUUCAAAUUCACACAAAAUUUACUCCACGAAGAGUCAGCUUUUUAUUGCAGCCAAUUUUUCACCUCUAAGAUCUGUAAGGUCUCACUUCUCCUCUGAUUCUUAUCGAGGUUAGGGUCGCGUAAUGUCAGAUUUCUUCGCGACAGCGCAUGCGCGCAACUUGAAGUCGGUAUUUUCAGUACUUCGCGCAUGCGCAUUCGCAGACUCACUCUACCGUCACAAGUAACAGGUACUUUGUGUACGGAAAACAUGAUCGCGUUAUAUAAAAUAACUCGACAUAUUCAUUCUGACGAUUUCUAAUUAUUUCGCAAACGGAUUGCAACUUCGAUUUCCGCGUGAUUUACCGAAUCAUUUGUGACAGUUUCGUGGAUCAUUGAUAUUAAUUUCAUAAAAGAUUACAGGUAUUACUUGACCUUAUUUCAUCCGAAUUUGUGUGUCUUUACGAAUCUAUUUUCAAUUUAAGUUAAAGUACAGUCGGUCAUUUAACCGAGUGUUAUAACCUAGUCCAUCGUCUAUUCGAAAGAAUAUUGAAAUAGAAAUGCGAGAGUGGUUCGUAGUUUUCAGUGCCUUUCUACUUCCAUCGAUCACCUUAUAUACUUGUUCUACUAUCGUUCAUCUACAUCAAAUGAGAGAAAUGAAAAAAAUGAUUAUCACACGUAUGUAUGAACAAACAUUGUAUGUACAGUAAUUUAGAUCUAUAAUAGGACACGUGAAAUAAAUCCAGGUAUAAUAUCCAUGACAUAUACGUUAACCACUCUCGCGUUUUAUGCCAAUAUUCAAGCAAUAUGUCUUUGACUUUGCGAUUAUUUGCAUUAAAUCUUAAAAUAAUAAUAGAAAUAAGAAGGGAGUAAAAUUAUAAGCAUGAAAUUAUCCCAGCGCAGCAUGCGAUUCAUUCGAUUUGAAAACGCAGAAUAAAACAAAAAAAACGCAAAGUAACGCAUGUUUUAACUAAUUUUCUCCCAUUGCGUUUAAUCGUGAGAUUAUCCGUGAUAACUUUCAUACAAUUUUUCUUUCUUUAUUUGUUUUUAUUGCAAACCAAAAACAUCGCAAUGGUGUUUUUUUUUUUUUUAUUAUUUCCAAAAACUGCCACCGGCUCUGGCCAAGUGAGUUCAACUCGUUGAUGAUCGCUGUAUAUUAUAGCUGAUUGUAUGAAUACACAUAUUGUACGUAUACACGUAAGGAAAAAGUAUUCGACAAGUAUUUGACGGUGAAAAAAAAUUAUGAAAAAUAUAUUUUAACCGUCGGCACAAAUACCGUAUGAAUUUCUUUCUAUACACAAAAAUUAAAGCAUUAUCAAAUUCGCCCAAUAUACUGUUUCAACUAUUUCGCUACUUUCCGAUUUUAAUACAUAUCGUCAUUAGUGUAUGUAUAAUAUACAUAAUGUUUCAAUGAAAUUCGGUCAGAUCGUUUCAACUUCUCACUGCACUUUUUACAUAUAAUAAUAAAAUCGCAUAAACCAUUAAUCAAAAUUUCUGCAAACUUUUGCUUCACAGAAUGGAAACACAAAAAGCGAAGAGAAAAAAAAAAUAUUAAAAAUUAAAAAAAAUUUUGGGAUAAUGGUUAAGCAAUUAAUUAUACGUGGCCUGAAUUCGAUACGAAUUUAUUUUUCGAAACCACGACAUCCUUUGAAUCGGCGUAUCGAAAGUAAAAAACAAAAAAACAAAACAAAAAAAAAACCAGGCAUCUCGAAAGCAAGUAUUAUGUAAUUAAGCGGUUAAAUAAAUGCAUAUUUAUACAUCGCGUGUAAUGUAUGUUGUACUAUUGAUACACAGCACCGUUGUAAUAAUUAUAUAAUACAUAAUACAUAUGAGCGCAUUCUAAUCAUAUGGGAAAAAUUAUCGUAAGAAUAAUUAACUGAGCAUAUCGGAGUGAGAGAAGAAAAAGGAACGAAGAAUAGUUCUAGAGAGAGAGAAAGAGAGAGAGCGAGAGAGAGAGAGAGAGAGAGAGAAAGUAGCUGGGGACGCAAUUUGUAUUUGCUCACUUUGCUAAUUCGUUAUUAUAUUAUUGUUAUCAUUAAUAUUAGCGUCUUACGGUUGUUGUUAUGAUCGUAAUUAUCAUUAUUAUUACUACUACAAUCAUUAUUAUUGUUGUUGUUGUUAUUGUUGUUGUUAUUAUUAUUAUUAUUAUUAUUAUUAUUGCGAUUGAUAGAGAUUUGAUAUUUUUAAUCGUAAAAUAAUAUCCAAUUGGUUAAUAUUCAUAGCAUAAUAUUAAACGUUACAUACGGGAAUUUUCAUAUCCGAAUAUCAUGUACGGAGAAGGACGAGAGUUAAAGAAAAAAAAAAAAAAAAAGAAACCCGGAAGAGAAUGAAAAGUGAAUGUGAAAGAAAUUUUAAAUGAAAUUCGCUCAAUCGCUAAUAAUAUUAUUAUUAUAUACAUUUAAGUACGAACUUGUGGUAUAGACAAAUUUAAAAUACCUAGAACGAAUACGUAUUAUAUUAUUACGUAUAUCGAUCGUGCACGUUGCAUGCGUAAUACAUAUUCAUACGUAUAAUUGUACGUAUGAAACGUGCGUAAACACAGCAAUUUACCAACAAACAUUCGAAUCGGCAAAAAUCAAUCCAAUGUUGAAAAUUAGACAAACGCGAUAAAAAAUAAUGCAGGAUUUUAACGACGAGUGAGAGAAAAAAAAAAAAAAAUUCACAGCUAUCGCACUGCACGAAUGACGAAAUAAAUUUAGACCUCGCGUCUAAUACAUAAUCAAUAUACAAUAUAUACGUAUAAUGAAAACAAUUUUUACCCCGAAAUUAUAGAACGUAACGAGACGUUGAUGAAAAUACAAAAAAAAAAAAAAAGAAUAUAGAACAAAUAAUCGAGAAAAAUAAUAAUUAUUACAAUAAAAAUAAUGCACGUGAUUGAAAUGCAGCAAUCAUAAACUU